AUGAUUCCCAACGGGCACAUGUGCAUCCUCUUUGAUUACUUGCUGCGAGUCCCACCAACAGGAACCAUUCUCUCCUCCUCCUUUUCCUCCUUCACGAGGAUCGGCGCGGCGAUCGCAGGUGAUCCUCCAGGCCACACGAACGUGCCGCCCGGGGGCUCCGAGGUGAACCCUCUUUUCUCGGACAUUGACCGCAAACUGCGCCUCCCAUUGCAUCGACUCGCUUGGCAGUUGUGGGCGCGUCUUCGUCUUCUCGUCGUCAAGGCGACUACUGUCCUCGAGUGCCUCUGGGAGUCCGGCUAUUCGUCGAUCCUCUCGACAGUCAGCACCUCAGCAGACCUGCCGGCAGACGCUUCACGCCCGCCUCAGAUUGACUCGCAUGUCUGCCCAGCUUCUGGGGCUCCAACUGCCGCCCGGCCUAGCCGAGACCGGCAGUCGAGUCCGGCGUCUCACAGUCGCGAUUGGCAACGCCGCAACGGACUCGAGCUGGCUCUGGUGGCUCGUCGGCUGGCCGGCCUCCGUCGAAUCGUCGAUCUGCUCCAGCGCUGCCUCGAUUCCGCCCUCAAAACCACUCAGCGCUGGUCCGUUCAGACACAACUUUACGCCAUUCGGUAG